GCGGCGCUACAAUCGCCGUACGCUAUACUUCCGGUUAUAUGCAGGAGGUGCAUUUCGAAACUGAUUUUCACAAAAACAACAUUAGUCAAUCGUUCGAUAAAGGUAAAUAAUGGUGAGAAGCUUCACACCAAGCGACGACGAGGUGGAAAUCAGACCAAGGCGGAAACACCAAAGACGACAAUCUCACUCGAAAAGUCCAAAAAGGGAAUCCAAGCAUGGGAAAAGGAAAAAGAAAUCUAGAUUUGAUGAAUCAAGGUCCUCAAGUAGAAGUCCACCUCCUAAAAGGAAGAUAAAAAUUGAGCCAGAAUCUCCCGAGUAUGACGAAAGACAGAGAACUCGCAGCAAGAAACAUCACAGAGAGGAAAAACACAGAGAGGAUCGAGGAAAGAGAAAACAGGAACACAAAAACAAAAGAGAGGAAAAAAUUGAUCCACAUCGUCGCAUUAAACAAGAACCUGAUGAGGAUUCGAGAGGGCACAGGAGAGAUGAUGAUCCAAUGAGAAGGCAAAGGAGAGAGAGAGAAAGGAAUGACGAUAGGAGACGAGAGGCUAGGAGGGAAAGAGGAAAUAACCCAUUCAGGACAGAAGAUGAUGGUUUUGUGUACGGCCAACAAGAAGGACAAGCUCAGCCUCAGGAACAAGCAGAAGCUGAAGAACCAAAAGACAAGGAUAAACCAGACUUUGCACUCUCAGGGAAACUCACAGAAGACACGAAUACAUAUCGAGGUGUAGUCAUCAAGUACAACCAACCUCCAGAGGCCAGAAAGCCAAAGAAACGAUGGAGAUUGUAUCCAUUUAAGGGUGAUGAAUCCCUGCCUGUGUUACAUAUUCACAGGAUGAGUGCCUAUUUGAUGGGGAGAGACAGACUGGUUGUAGACAUUCCAACAGAUCACCCUUCCUGCUCAAAACAGCAUGCUGUGCUUCAAUACAGACUCGUAAACUUUGAGCGUGAAGACGGUUCAAAGGGACGAAAGGUGGCUCCCUAUAUUAUAGAUCUUGACUCCUCCAAUGGCACUUACAUAAAUAAUCAGAGAAUAGACCCACAAAGAUAUGUAGAAUUGUUUGAAAAAGACAUGCUCAAGUUUGGGUUCAGUUCUAGGGAAUAUGUUUUACUGCAUGAGAAGACAGACACAUCUGAACUAGCAGAAGAAUCUGGUUCUGGUUCAGAUAACUAAAUCAUGACAUUCAUCAAUAUCUGCCGUUUGUAUAUAUCAUAACACAUGUCAUCCUCGAUACUCAGAGGUUGCGCUCACUUUUGCUCUCUGCACCCCUGGAAUAUGUCAUGGCAAAAUUGAAGGCACGAAAGUAGCUGUUUGACUGGUCUCAGGGAAAAAAUACUGACCAAUCGCAAGGCUGAUAUGUGUCCUUUGAAGAUGGCAAAGGAUAGACGCCCGACUUCAAAGCCUGUCAUUUUUUACCGUUACGUGACAGCGAGAUUCUUUUGAUGUAUAUCAAAUGAUCGAACUAGUCUUCUAGUCUCAUCAAAAAGUGGCGCACACCGAUCCUUCAAUUUUGCUAUGACAUAUUCCAGGUGUGUAGAGAGCGUAAGUAAGCGAGGAUGAACACAUGUACACUGCAAUCAAAAAUUCACAAAAAUGAUACGAAUUACAUCAGUUUCAGUUUUUAUUUUUUGACCAUUGAAAGCAUUAAUAUUCAAUCUAUAUUUGUACAUAAACGUUCACUGUGCAUUGUUCUGAUUUAACCUUUUAUAAGGUUCUGUCUAUGAUCAGGUUAUGUUAUAGCAGCAGUGUGAUAAAAAGAAAAAUAGAAAAAAUGUUUUUGUCAAUGUCAAAUACUAGAAUCACUGAUUCUAAUUUACUGUGAACAAAAUAGUUCUGAAAGGACAACACAAACAUUUGUUGGCAGUAUCAGAGAUAAACAAUUUCAUGUUUAGAGUACUAGCUCACAGGCAGAUUGAAAAACUAUCACUAUAGCCUAACCAAUAUUUUCACAGUAAAAAAAAAAAGUAAAAAAUUUGACUAGUCUUAACAUAAAAUCCAUGCGCAAAACUUGUGUCCUUACACUUGUAAACAUUUUAUUUUUGUUAAAAGAAAGUCAGAAAAGAAAUCAUUUUGGUUGAGGGUUUGUCAUGUUUUCAGCGAAGUGUAGUAAUAUCGUUUGUUUUGCACUGGCUGCUCCAAAAAAACAACACUUUUAGCAAUCAAAAUAUGUGUUGGUUUAUCAUGAUAUAAUCACCAAACAUCUUUAAAUGGCUCCACUGUACACAGCCAGUCAAACCCAAUUUGCAAAAGAAAACCUGGAAACAUUACAUAUUAUCCAGAAAGCAUAGCAGGGUAUUGCUGAAAGUAUCUAUUCAAGCAUGAUAUUUCUAGCCUCAACAAAAGCAUUGUCUGCAUUGCUUUUAUCAGUAAUUCAUACUGUAACAUUUGGAUAAUGUAAGAAUGAAGGUUCAACGAAAAAUCUUUUUAUUUGGUGUCUGUGAAAAGUAACACCUUAUUUGCAUCAUCCAUUUUUCAAAUGGCAACAAGCAAAUUGUAACAUGCCUAUGUCUCCAACAUUUUGAUGUAGUGUUACCUAUUUCCAUCACAUUGUGUCAGGAUUCAUUUUCAUCAUUCCACCUACUUACAUUCUGAACAUAUUUUUAUUAAAGCUUAUACUAGGACCAAGUAUGAGAAAGUUUAUACAAAGGCCAAGUAUGAGAAUACCUUGGAUAAGUUUUCAUUUCAGGAUCCCCUGUUGCUACAUAGGUUAGCUUGAUCAUAACAUUGGUUUCUCUUAGUCUUAAAGAUAUUAUAGAGUGCAAGUCUUAAGAAAUAAUUGACAUGUGUGCAUCUAUUAUGGUGGAAUUUAAAUGCAUAACAAGGGUGAGAAAAUGAAGGAAAAAUGAUGUAAAUUAUGGAUAUGACUAGUAUAUAAAAACAUGGUAAAUUGGGUGCAUGUACCAAGGUAUGAUAGUUUGACCAUGCAUGGUUGUAUGGUACGGUAGAAUAUUUGAUGAAAGUCUGGUCAGCUGUUAAAUCAACUGAAUUUUGUAUAUCAAAAUAUUACAUAUUCAACUACCAUGCUGAUAGAUACAAUAGAAGGCACAGGUAUCUCACAAUCUUCUAAAAUAGUCACUAAGUUUGACUACACAGUAAGCUUCUCUAAAACACCAUGACAUUCACGGAGGUGAUUCGGAUAGUUCAAAACUGUAAGCAAGGAAUGGUUGCUUCAGAAUCAGUAUGGCCAAUUGUGCUUGUUAUAAGGAUUUGAUGAAAAUGUUAUAAUUUUUUUUAUAAAAAUAAAUAAAGGAAAAUAUCAAGAA